GGCCCCAGCCUCAUGAGGAGACUCAAAGCUGGCAGCUGAAAACAAAGCAGCCUAAAGGAGGGGCAAUGGCCUUAGAGGAAAACGUCCUCAAGUUGAAACCAGGAGAACCUGUUCCACUAGCUCCUCAGGCAGCACAUAACACAAACAGCUCUCAGAGGCAGCAGUUCCUGGAGAGGAUGGGAGAAAGAGAGAGAGAGAGGGACUGUGACAGCAAAUUAGGAGAACCGGUUAAUCGGCCAGAAUGAAAGAAGAGGGGGAUUUUCAACCGGUGAAGGAUUAACAGCCGCAAGACAUCAAGAUAACUUCAUUGGAAGGCUGCAGUACUGUUAAGGCCUGGUGGGACACGGCUAAAGGGAAACAGUGUCGAUUUGCCUUCAGCUUCCUGCAUUCCUGGCUGAAAUGUUCAGACUUCUCCAAAGUCGAUUGAAGGCAGUGAGGUUUUAACCAAGUGUAGUGGGUGAGACGUAAAAGUGAGUUUGACUACAUUGUGGGAAACGGAGUUGUGGUCACUGUCGAGAGACCCACAGCUGGGGGUGGCUAUAGACUUUGGUCCAAAUAUACAACCAGGUGCCUGUCACCAGGAGAAGCCACAGACCCGGGUAAGUGAAGGGUAUUUUCCUGUCAGGUUAACUGUGUGAGACACCUUGAAACGUGAACUGCAGGGGAAAUCUCCUGCGAAGCUGCUAACAGGAAGCUAGGGUUCUUCCGAUGGUGCGAGGUCCACGACGGUGUGGGGUUUAGAGUCACCAUGAUGCCAGAGGGAAAUGCCUCAGAGUGCGAAUGUGCCAUCUGCUGGAAUCCCUACGACAACGCAUUUCGCACACCCAAGAUCCUGGAGUGCAAGCACACCUUCUGUCUGGAGUGCCUGGCCCGGAUGAGCCUGGCGUCCGUGCCUGAAAUGGAUCUGGGCAUGUCCUGCCCCCUGUGCCGCCACCUGACCCCCCUGGGCACCGGGCAGCUGGUGACAGGCCUAUGCACCAACGCGGAGAUCCUCGGCCGCAUGAGACUGCAGCCAGUUCACGUCUACCUGGACCACGGUCGCCUGUUCUACAAGGGGCCAGGAAAAGCCAGUUUCCUGCUGCGCCGGCCUACCAUCUACACCCUCAGCCUGGAUGUCGAGCGAGAGGGCGGCCUCCCCCUGCGUACUCAAGCAGCACCGGCACUGGAAGACCGACUGCCUCAGAAUACCAUGUGGAAAUGCUGUCAGAGUCCACCCUGCAGAACCAUAACCUAUAUCAUGAUUGCCACAUUUGGAAUCACUAUCAUUCUUGUCAUCUCACUCUUCUGGACUAAGAAAAUAUUGUGGGAUUUGGGCUGAAAGAAACAUCUUGCCUUUUUAUUUAGCGCCUUUCAUGUCCUAGAACCUUUUACAGCCAAUGAAGUACUUUUUAUUGAAGUGUAGUCACUGUUGUAACAUAGGAAACACAGCAGUCAAUUUGCUCACAGCAAACUUCCCCAAACAGCAAUGUGACAAAUGACAGAUGAUCUGUUUUAAAGAUGUUCGUUGAGGGAUAAAUAUUGGCCAGUGUACAGGGGAGGGCUCCCCUGCCUUUCUUCUGAUAGUACUGUGGGAUAUCUUAUGUCCUGAGGGGGCAGACUGUGGGAUAUCUUAUGACCUGAGGGGGCAGACUGGUGCUCAGUUUAAUGACAAGACAGCACCUUCAAUAGUUCAGCACUCCCUUCGUACUGUGCCGGAGUGUCAGCCUAGGUUUUGAGUUAAGUCUCUGGAGUGGGACUUGAACCCAUGACCUUCUGCCUCACAGACAAGUGCGCUCCCAAUUGAAACACAGCUGACCCCUGAGGAACAGGAGCAGCAUCCGAGUGAGGAGCUCCGUUCGGCGGUGCCUCAUGGCAGGUGGGGAAUGUCACCUCCUAUUGGGAGCACCGGCUGAAAGCCUCGGCCUAAGCUCUGCUUUGGAAUCUGGUCUCCACCUCACAGGGUCACCAGCCCUUUGCUUAUUUUUAGAAAGGAGGUCCAAACCAUAACCACUUCACAUAGACAGUCCUUGGGCCCAGUGUCACAGUAAGGGUCUUCAGUGUCUUGCAGUCUCUUUAGGUUUGACAUGUUCUGACAGUAGCAUCACACAGAUGUAGGAAAACACUUUGCAACAUCGUUAGCAAAUGAUGUGUUCCUCUUGUACUCAUGGAGUGAAAUUUCCUCAGUGCCCCUACGGAACAAUGAUCUCACUGUUCAAAAUAGACAUGUGUGGUCAGGUAUCCAUUUGGAUCAGGGCUAAGAGUCACAAUGGCAUCUCAUCACGAUUACAAAUAAACUGCCAUGGGAGUGACGAACAGUGUAUCUGCUCAGUAUACAACAGUAUAUCCUCUCAGCCAGUUGAGUGAUUGGUACAUUAACUUCCAGUCAGGCGAGGGCCUGGUACACCGGCUCCCAAUCAGGUGAAGGUCUGUUACACUAACUCACAAUCAGGUGAGGAUCUGGUAUAGUAACUCACAAUCCGGUGAGGGUCUGGUGCACCAACUUCCAAUCCGGCAAGGGUCUGAUGCACCAACUCCCAAUCCAGUGAGGGUUUGGUGCACAAACUCCCAAUCUGGUGAGGGUCUAGUGCACCAACUCUCAAUCCGGUGAGAAUCUGGUGCACCAACUCUCAAUCCGGUGAGGUCUGGUGCACCAACUCCCAAUCCGGUGAGGAUCUGGUACACUAACUCCCAAUCCAGUGAGGGUCUGGUGCACCAACUCCCAAUCAGAUGAAGGUCUGGUAUACUAACUCCCAAUCAGGUGAGGUUCUGGUACACUAACUCCCAAUUAGGUGAGGAUCUGGUAUACUAACUCCCAAUCAGGUGAGGGUCUGGUACACUAACUCCCAAUCAGGUGAGGAUCUGGUAUACUAACUCCCAAUCAGGUGAGGUUCUGGUGCACUAACUCCCAGUCAGAUGGGCAAUGCUUCCAAACUAUGCCAAUGUUGAGAUAAAGUUACUCUUGGCCAGAGUGUAGGAUGAGCACAGCACACCCCCUCUCAGUGCAACAGGUGACUGGGCAGAUUUAUUACACAGUAAAUACUGAGGAAAAACAAUAUAAAUGAAUAAGUUGCCAUUUAAGAGAUCGAAGACCCUUAAACUGUUCGCAGAGUAUGAGGCAGAAAAACAGACACUAAUCAGAGUGCCCAAAUAAUCCCUCUUGAAAGACAAGUCUCUCUUCAUUGAACUCCCACGGCUUUAGCACAUUCAUAGCGAAUUAUUUUGAAAAAUACGUGUCUUCUUUUCAGCCUUUGGUUGUCAAGGAGCUACCACAAUCAGCUCUUUGUUGCCAGGGAGUUACUACACCAGUUUUUAUGAUAAGGUCACCGUGCCACGUCUGAAAAAUCAGGAACUCUAGCAUUGGGCACAUUGGAUUCACAGCCUUUUUGUCAGAGCCCAAGAUUGUCAUUUAUUCACAGAAAGCUUCAACCUCAUCUCCCACAUCAUCAUUAAAAAAGAGACUUGUUUUGAUAAAGUGCCUUCAAUGGCAUGAGGACAUUCCAAAGUAUUUUACAGCCAACAGAGUGCUUUUGAAGUGUAGUCACUACAGGAAACACAGCAGGCUAAUUUGCACACAGCCAGAUCCCAGAAACAGCAAUAUGAUAAUGACCAGAAAAUUAGUUUUGGUGAUGUUGAGGGAUAUUGGACUGGAUAUAUCCGGGACAUUGGGUGACAAGAGCCCUUCCUUAGUUAACAGCUGGUACCAUUAAGUUGCAAGUCCUAAUUGACAUUUGUGCAUAUAAAAAUCCAAAAUUGAACGAAUGCCAGGGCUGGAAUGGGAGAGGAGGCAGUUAGCAGGCUCGUGUGUUUCAAAUACCUGAUGAAUCAGUAUCAGGACCAGUCACAUCCUUAAUGAAAGACAACAUGGAGCCUCAGGAAUGAGGGUCAUGAAUAGUAGUAUUGUGUGCAGUGUGACUGCUUGGGGCUUAGUCUAAUAGUUACAGGUUUACAGCUGAAACUAAUUAUAAUUUUGGGAACCAAAACAAGCUUUUCAUUAUACAUAUAUGGACAGACAUGUAUGUGUAUAUAUUUUAUAUGUGUGCUUGCUAUGCCAGAAAAAUCCAUCUGGUUCACUAAUGUCCUUUAGGGGAAGAAAAUCUGCCACCUUCACCUGGUCUGGCCUACAUGUGACUCCAGAUCCACAGUAACGUGGUUGACUCUUAACUGCCCUCUGAAAUAGCCUAGCAAGCUACUCAGUUCAAGGGUAAUUAGGGAUGCUGGCCUUGUCAGCAAUGCCCACAUCCCAUGAAAGGAAUGAAAAAAAGUUUUGGUCAGACCUACUUGUAGUACCGCGUUCAGUUUUGGGAACCGCACCUGAGGAACGAUAUUUCCCUUUGGAUGGAGCACAGCACAAAUUCACCAGAAUGGUACCUGCUUUAAAGGGUUAAAUUAAAGAGGGCCACCCAGACUUGAAUUUAGUAAGUUGAGGGCUGAUCUAAUCAAGGUGUUUAAAAUUGUUAAAUGAUUUGAUGUGGGAGGUACGGAGAAACAAUUACCUCUGGUGGGACAGUCCAGACUGACGGGGCAAAACCUUAAAAUUAGAGUUGGGCCACUCAGGAGUGAAGCCAGGAAGCACUUUUCUGCACAAAAGGUAGUGGAAAUCUGGAAAUCUUUUCCCAGAACGGUGGGACAAUUAAAAUCUUCAGGGCUGAAAUCGAUAGAUUUUUGUUAGGCAAAGGUAUCAAAGGAUAUGCAGCAACUGUGGGAGAAUGGGGUUGAGAUAGACACCAGGCAUUAUCUAAUAAAUAAAAAAAAACAAAAACAGAAUUACCUGGAAAAACUCAGCAGGUCUGGCAGCA